AUGCGCCGAGUACUCUUCCUCUCAUUCCUAGCGCUUCUCGCAGAGGCGCAGAAAGUGGGCGACCUCCAGCAAGAGAUCCAUCCUAAGCUCUCCUGGAAGCAAUGUACCAGCUCCACCUGCGACACAGUCCAAGGCGAAAUCACCAUCGACGCAGAAUACCGCUGGAUCCACGUCGUCGACGACUGGCACAGCUGCUUCGAGCGCCAGGAGUGGCAGACGGACUACUGCAACUCGACCCAAUCCUGCACCGAGCGCUGUGCCAUUGACGGCGCCUACUACCCCGGCUACGGCAUCGUGACCAACGGCGACUCCCUCUCCCAGCAAUAUGAGACGCCGAUCGAUUUCAGCAAGAGCCAAAACUCCAGAGUGUUUCUGAUGGAGGACGGUGGGGAUAAGUAUCAGACGUUCUCGCUGCUUGGGAACGAGCUUGCGUUCGAUGUUGACUUGGGGACGGUGCCGUGCGGGUUGAAUGGCGCAUUGACGUUUUUGGCCAUGGAUGCUGAUGGAGGACUGGAGAGAUAUGAGGGGAAUGAGGCGGGUGCGAGGAACUCCAACUCCAGAGCUUUCCAGACGUCGUCCAAGAUAUGCAGCCGCAUAGACUCCUAUGCCAUUUGCGAAAACGGAGCUUGUGGCGAGGACCGCCUGCGGCAGUGCGACAGUGAUGGCUGCGACUAUAACCCAUACAGGCUUGGUGUCACGGACUUUUACGGCAUUGGAGGGGAUGUGGAUACAUCGAAGAAGUUCACAGUCGUCACCCGGUUCGCGGAGGACAAGAUCACCAAGUUCUUCAUCCAGGACGGCAAGAGAAUCGAUGCUCCAUCCCCGGCUCUGCCGAACUUUCCUGAUGUCAAUGGAUUGAGUAAGGACUAUUGCCGGAUCAAGACAGUGGAGUUUAGUGAACCGGAUAUCUUUGAGGCUCUCGGAGGCGUGGCCCGCCAGAACGACAUCCUACGCCGGCCUAUGGUGAUGGCGCUGUCCAUCCAGGAUGAUGUACGAAGCCUUCUUCUGUCUUUCUAA